AAUUAGAAAGGGCUUAUACGAACAAAAGUCUAAAACCCUAAAUUCUUUCGGUAUCUUCUUCUUAGACUCUCGUUCUCAAAAAUCAUCUACUCCAGAUUCACACUCGUCUUCUCCAAAUCAGUCAGUGAGUUUCACCUACUCGUCUUCUCCAAAAAUCAUAUAUCUCAUCAUUUACACGCGCAGAUUCAGAUUCUCAUCUACUCCAUUCAUUCUCUUUAUCCAUAACUCAAGUCCCAACUUGCUGAGUCAAACUCGUCUUCUCCAAAUCAGUCCGCUUGUAAGAAAAGGACCAUUGACUAGAUUUUGUCUAAAGUAUUAUUUACGACAUUCUCAAGUCUGUGCAUACACAAGGAAGACUUUAAGGUCAUGUGAUAGUUAGGCCAUGCAAUUUAUAGUCUUGAGAAAGCAUGUUGGAAUUAUAGUUCUAGCUAAUAUGAAAUUGUGUUAGAAGCAUGUUCAAUUUAAGGUUAGUUGAGGACCAUCUCAACCGUUUUAUGGCCAGCACAAAUUCAGAAAAGUUGUUCUUUUUACCGUUUAAUACCGACAACGGUGGACAUUGGUUGUUGGUCGCGAUUAAUCCUAUCAGAGAAGUUGUAUAUUUUCUGGAUUCCUUACACAAUCCAGUUAGUACAUACGAAGCUAUGAAGGAGUUGGUUGAUACCGUUAUACAAGUUUUUCGAGCACAAAGAGGAAGUCAAGUACCAAAGAGUAAAGCUAACAACAUCACAUGGAUUCGAGUGGAGUGUCUUGGGCAGCGUAAUGAAGUAGAUUGCGUUUUUUACAUGUUGCAGUUUAUGAAAGAAAUUCUUCUUUCGAAUCAAAUAGAGACUCCGUCCAAGUACUUUGAUGACUUCAAGUGUGCUACUUACUCAAGAUCUAAGUUGGAUGAACUUAAGGAGGAAUGGUGUCAAUUCAUGAUUGAGUUGAAAGUUGUAUAGGAUAUUGAAGGGUAAAAAGGUUACAUUUGCUGGCAAGAAGAAAAAGUAGAUAUUUAGCAUCCUUUUGACUUGGAUGUAAUUUUGUGUAAUUGUUUUCAUUGAAUUGGAUGUAAUUUUGUUGUUUUGGGUAAAAAUAUUUUGGAUGAUGCAAUUGUUUUCAUUGAAUUAUAUUGGAUGUAAUUUUGUUGUUGUU